CUUUGCUAUCGGAAACACUCCUGACCAGAACUCUGCGAAGAUUACUACAUAAUCUACCUUAUCAGGCUUGACUACCGCAUUAGCCCCGUCCGAGUACGGACAUCUUUCGGCACACCAAAGGAUUCCCAGGGGAGUGGGCCAGAGUACCACCAUGACACGGCUCACGGCUCCAUCUUUCAGCUACACCUGCACUGUGCGCACAGCCACCUUUCUAAUGACUACAUCUUCACUGCCCUCCUGGGUUAUGCGGUGCUGGACUGUUGUGCUUCUUCUCUAUUGUUUAUCCCCUGAAACUGCGGAAUACACACCCCGGCUACACCCUAUUAUGCAACAGAAAAGAGCUCUAGUGAGGCCCGUGCCCGAUGAUUUAAUUAGGUGAUAUUGGCUGCCAUAUGAAUUAAUCUAGUCAUGGACCUGGCUAGCCCAGUUGCAGUUCGGCUGUACCGCAUAGGAGGGAGACCGAGGUACUCCGGAAUACGCAGAAUUGCAUGAUCGAAGCGUGUGUUGAUCGUGGAGAGAAAAGGAUAUUUGUGGUAUGGGGCUGUUUCCGGCGGUCCGCAUCCUGAAUAUGAUUCUUGGGGGCCGUAGAAGGAUGGAGGAUCUUCCUGGAUACCUCAAUAGGAAGUCUACAAAGGCGAUGGAGGAGUGAAAGGAUCUGAUCACUUGGGCGGCAACGCCAGUGCUGUCAGCAACAAGCCGGAAAAGGGUGACGAAUUCAUUUAUCUGGAUGCCUGCAGGCUCAUGCUUGUGCUACUGUGUGUUCUGUGUUGAUAUGCUUACAGUGG